GGGCUACGUGGAUGGCUCGAGCCGAAUGCUCCACUCUAACUUGACCAUCUCCUUUACCUGAACAUUGCACCCAGGAAGUCUUAAUUUCUCGUACGAACAAUAUGACUGACUGUGGUUACUGGAGACCUAAUCCUCCCUUUUCAAAAGGUGUUGGCCGUCCAAUGGAUCCCCAAAAUCCUCAUCAUCAAGAUCUAAUUAUCACUCAACAAAGCCUGAGGAAACUCGCAGAGAGGGUUUGGACCUGGCAAAGAUUUAUAUAAGCUGUGGCUUCGCUGUUGGUUCACCAAAAUUUCUCACUUCAACCGCCGAAAGAGAUAUAAAAAAAAA